AUGGCUGGUAAUGUGCAGAAUGCUCUUUCUCGCAUUUUCUACUCAUUGCAAGAGUCGGUGACCAACAUGUCGAUCCUUAAUGAUACAAAUUUUAAUGAUUGGAAAGAGAACAUUCUAAUUGUUCUUGGCUGCAUGGAUCUAGACCUUGCACUUCAAAUAGAGCAACCCACUGCUCCUACAGAUACUAGUUCCUCUGAACAGAGGGUUAAAUAUGAGAAGUGGGAUCACUCUAAUCGUAUGAUUCUUAUGAUCAUCAAGCGCAGCAUACCUGAGAUUUUUAGGGGCACGGUGUCUAAUAGUGUCACCCAAGCUAAGGAAUAUCUCGAUGAGAUUGAAAAGCGCUUUGCCAAAAGCGAUAAGGUGGAAACAAGCACAAUUCUAAAGAGCUUGAUUUCCAUGAAGUAUAAAGGUAAGGGUAAUGUUAGGGAAUAUAUCAUGGAAAUGCCCCACAUUGUAUCAAAGUUGAAGGCACUUAAUCUUGAAUUAUCGGAUGACAUGCUUGUGCAUUUAGUACUUAUUUCUCAUUCAAACCAGUUUAGUCAGUUCUAG